AAAUUAAAAUCAAAAUACAUAUCACCAAGGUUGAUAGUGACAACCGUUGUGAAAGUCAUUACAUUUUAUCACGGUUUUUUAAAACAACUAUGGUGAAAUUGUUUACUUAUUUACAAUAUAAGCGAAUUAGAUCUCUCUUCUUGACAGUAUCGCUAUAUCUAUCACAGCAAAACACUAGCACACAUUUUCUCUCAUCUUUGUCAUUAUCUCUCGCUUCAUACAUAAAGAUCCUUCUCUCAUCUUGAAUAGUGGGAGCAACAAACUUAUCCACAAGAUUCAGGUUACAAAAGUGUUUAUUGAUAUGGUGGAGUUAUGGUUGAACAAAGCCAAGAAAGUUGAAUUUGUUAGGGAACACAUUAUUGUUGUUGAACCUUUUGGUGGAACGAGCUAUAAGAAGAUUCAUUUCAAGAAUCUUAAUCCUGAAAAUAUGAAGAAGUACAAGAAGUAUGAAUCAAUUUUGGAAGCUUCAUCCGCCUUGUACUUUUUCUUCAUGGCAACACAAAGUAGAUCAACUUCAGAUUAUUCCACAAAUCUUUUCAAUAAAAGCUCCUCAUGUUGUUCUUUCUAGAGGAAUUAAAAGAAGUGAAGAAAUAACAUUAUUUGAUCAAAAUUACAAGGUUACAUGGGGUGCCAAUCAUGUUAUAAACCAAGGAAAAGAAAUUCAACUCACAAUGGAUAACUCUUCAGGAUCAGGCUUUGCAUCUAAAAUAAAUUAUGGUUCUGGAUUUUUUCAUAUGAAGAUCAAAGUACCAGGUAGAAACUCUGCAGGUGUUGUCACAGCUUAUUAUCUAAUGUCAGAAGGAAAUAAUCACGACGAAUUAGACUUUGAAUUUUUGGGCAAUAGUGAAGGGAAAUCAUAUUCAUUACAGACCAAUGUAUGGACAAAUGGUGAAGGGGGUAGAGAACAAAGAAUUCAACUUUGGUUUGAUCCCACAUCUAAUUUCUAUGAGUACAAAAUUCUUUGGAAUCAACAUCAAAUUGUAUUUUAUGUGGACAAUAUCCCUAUAAGGAUAUACAAGAACAAUAACAAUAUUGGAGUUGGGUACCCAACAAAAGCUAUGCAAAUACAAGCAAGUUUGUGGAAUGGUGAAAAUUGGGCAACAGAUGGAGGUCAAACAAAAAUAAAUUGGACAUAUGCACCUUUCAAAGCAAAUUUUCAAGGAUUUGAUGUUAGUGGAUGUGAAAGUCAAACCCUAAUUGAUCCAAAUUGUGUUUCUGAUCAUUUUUGGUGGAACAACAAAAGUUUUUGGCAAUUGGAUUCUACAUCACAGAAACAAUAUGAAAAUGUAAAGAUAAAAUAUGUAACAUAUGAUUAUUGUAAAGAUAGAGAAAGGUAUCCUACAUCUCCUAUAGAGUGCUUACAUUGAAAGAAUAUUCAUACAUCAUUGUAAACAUGAACUAUAUAAGGAUAUGGUCGUGAAUCUCAAUGCCACAUGUUGGAAAUGUUCUAGAUAUAUAGAGGUAAAUAGUUAUUGUUGAACUUGUAAAUAAUCAUCUGCUCUUUUGUA